GCUGUGCCGUUGAAACUUGUCAGUCAACCCAUGCCAGGAUUCUGGACGUCUGCCUCUCUAGCGCACCCUCAUUACAUGUGCCUGUCUAAGCAGACUCGCUCAUCUGUUUGGAGACGCUCUGCAUAAGUCGGGAAUUCUCUGCCUUCUGUGGAAUUAGAUCAUAACCUUUCAGAAGCAUCCGCCUUGUAACCCUCCUCCUCGCUGGAGUCUAUGUGGUAUCCCUUUGCAGCUUCACAACCUGUGUGUCUGUUCGAUUUCUAGAAUGGAAGAAGCUGACCUGCUGAAGGAAAGACUCCAGGCCAUCACAGACAAGAGGAAACUGCAAGAAGAAAUCACUCAGAAACGCCUUAAAGUAGAAGAAGAAAAACUAAAGCAUCAGCACUUGAAGAAAAAAGCUCUGCGUGAGAAAUGGCUUUGGGAUGGAUUAAAUACGUUUACUCCAAAAGAACAAGAAGAAAUGCAAAACCAGAAUCGAGAGGAUGAACAACAGAUGUUGGAACUGGAACAAAACAUCCUCAGACUUGAAAAAGAAAUUGAGGACCUUGAGCAAGAAGAGCUAACAAUCUCCAUUAAAGAAAAAGCCAUACUGAAGAAGCUUAAAUCUGUUGAAAGGACUACAGAAGAUAUUAUAAAGGCUGUAAAGGUGGAAAAAGUAGAGAUUACAGAAGAGCCAGCCGACUACAUAUAUGCCAAUAUACCAGACCUUCCAAAAUCGUUUAGACCAUCUGCACUUAAAAGCACAGGAGUUCUAGAAACUGAGGACAAUGAAGAAAAACGGAAAGCCCUGUUUGCUAUGGAAAUUAAAGUUGAAAAAGAUAUCAAGACAGGAGAAAGCACCGUUUUGUCCACAAUACCACUUCCAUCGGAAGAAUUUAAAGGUGCAGGAGUAAAAGUCUACGAUGAUGGCCGAAAGUCUGUCUAUGCAGUGUGUGCCAAUGGAAAUAUAAAAACCAAUGAAGUAGAUGACCUUGCUCCUGUUGAAGUGGAGAACCUCUUAAGGCAAGCAACUGAAAAGCAGUCCAAGUUUCCCACUGAAUAUCAUGAACCAGUAUAUGCAAACCAGUUUUGCAGACCCACCACCCCACAGCAGGAUAAGUUGGUCCAGAGAACAAAUGGUGAAAAAGGUGCUAUUCAACAUAAGAUCAACAGAUCUGACUAUUUUUAUACUGAAAACAGCUAUAAUAAAGACAAACAUAAUCAAACAGAAGAAAAUGGUCUGGAACAUCUUUCAAGGGACUGUCAGCAGAAUUCAUGCUCUCCAGUUCUUCAGACAGGAAGGUCUCUACAGAUUAGCCCCCAAAACAAGAUGACGCCUGAUGUUCAGACAGAAUUUCAUGAAGGAACAUAUCAAGAGCGGAGAGAGGACCAUCAAGAUGUAAAGCUCAGAAACUCUGUAAUUAAUAAUGAAAAGCCUUCUCCCACAAUGCUAAAAAGUGAUGAAGAUUCUACUUAUAGUGUGGUCCAAGCUGUGCCGUGUUAUGUGGAUGAUACAGAACCCGUUACAAUGAUUUUCAUGGGAUACCAGCACGUGGAUGAUGAAGAACUCAGUAAAAACAUCUGCGGAUAUGAUGGGGUUAUCCAUGCAGAACUUGUUGUCAUUGAUGAUGAUGGUGAAGAGGAAGAGCAUAAAGCUGAGACCCCUUUGUAUCAUCCAGUAGGUCCCUAUAGUCAGGUCUACCAGCCAUCCAACCAAACAGAAGCAAUUCCGCAGGCAAAAUCCAGCAAAACUACUAUUAACAAUGUGAAAAAGGCACCUUACAAAAAUUCCAUAUCACUCAAGGAACAAGAAGAAAGUUUGAGCAGUUCUGCCCUCAAUGGUCAAUUUGAUGGCCAAUUAGCAGGUGAUGGAACUGAAGAUCCCUCCUUAACAGCUCUGAGAAUGAGAAUGGCAAAACUGGGGAAGAAAGUGAUUUAACAGCUACAAUGGUAUAAUGCUAAGUUCCUGGCAGUGUGACAUGAAGCAAAAGAAUAAUUCUCUAUGUUUUGGCCCUGGGUGGAUGUUGUUUA